AUGAAUACACCAUUUGGAGAGGUCUUCCUGUUUCUUACGGAUUUGGCCUGGAAAAGUCGCAUGACAAUUCCUGUAUUAGUUACAACUGUCUUCCUUGUCAUGGACAUUCGACUUCAAAUCGAAAUAAAUAUUCAGUCGGGACAGCCAGCAGUUGAACUCGCCGAUUUGGAUGAUGAUUCACUGGAAGAGUACACAACAGAAAGCGACGGUGACACUGAAGAUGAAACCGAUGACGAAGAGAAUGAUGAUGAAAAUGACCUAACACCGGAAUAAGAAUCCUCUCACAUUGUUAAAACAUUAAAAUAUAUAAAACAAUUUAUACAUAAUUUUUUUUUCUCAUUUAUUUUUAAAACGGUAGACAUAAAUUUUGUUUCGUUUCAAUUGUUAAUGAU